UAUUUAUAAUUAGCAUAAAAAAACAACUGCGCAAUGUUUUGUUAUUAAAUACUUCAGUCGUGACAAAAUUUCAUGUUUUUUUUUUAAACAAUAAUUCAAAAAAUUUUCGGACGACAUUACUUUCGUUUACACGAAUAAUUUAAAAAGUAUUAAUCAUUUCAAAGUGUUCUUUUCAAAUUAAUUGAAGCGAUUGAGAUUUUAGUGUUAGAAAUAUGGAUAGAACUUGAAACUUAAACAGAAAUUAAAAAAGAGGGAAAAAUAUACAAGUGAGGACAAUAUUUAUACUGUCUGUGAAAUACCGCCAUUGUGACUGUUGUAAUAGUUGGAGAAUUUGAAUCAAAGAAAAGUAAAAAUCUACGAUUUUUUUUAAGGUGACUAUAAUUUAAAUGAAUAAAAAUAAUGAAGACCUGUGAUGUUCCAGAAUAAUACUCUAAAGUGAAAGACCAUUACCCGCUCACUUUUCAUCGGUGAGAUUAAAACACUGAAAAUCGAAACGUCAUAAUCUAACGUUAAAAUGAGUUGCACUGCGCAGUUUGCCAAGUGUUUUCUAUGCUUAUUCAAUUUCGUUUUUUUUAUUGCUGGAGGAGCAGCCUUGACUGUUGGAAUAUGGCUAGUUGUCGACAGCAGUACAUUUACAAAUCUCGUCAGCAAAGUUGAUGAAUUAGAUGUAUUGACUAAAACAGAUCCUGACGUAAUAAAAACAAUAUCUUACAUUUUAAUUGUCACUGGAGCACUUACAUUCAUCGUCAGUUUUAUGGGAUAUUGUGGGGCUAUGUUCGAGUCUAGAUGCUUGCUUUGUAUUUAUGGUAUUCUCAUCCUAGCAAUUCUAAUCUUGGAAUGUACUGUAGUAGGUUUAGCAUUUGGUUUAAAUAACGAAACAGAGCAUGGUGUAAGAGAGCUACUCAAGUCGACAAUAAAAUAUUACGCAACGAACGAGGAUAAGACCGAAGCUGUAACACUAGCGUGGGACGCAGUAAUGAACCAGAUGAAAUGCUGUGGAGUUGAUAAUUAUAUGGACUUCCAGCUAAGCUCCAAUUGGUCGACUGCAGACAAAUCGAUACCCGAAGCAUGUUGUUAUAAAGCUAAUAAAAUUCUCCAGGAUCCGUACUGCACAACAAGACCAUCAUUGUCGAAUUCAUAUUAUAUGCAGGGAUGUUAUAAUGCGCUGGUAAAUGCGAUUAAGGAGAAUGCAGCGAUUGUUAUUGGUGUUGCAGUAACUCUGGCCUUUGUUGAAAUCCUUGUGAUUAUCUUGGCAUUAUAUUUGGCAUGCUGUUACUGGCGACCACAACACGUAUUAACUUGUUGGUGUUGCUGCUGACGCCGGACUAAAAUCAUGGACCAAUUUUGCCGUGGGUUCAGAAUUCAUCCAUCCAAUCCAUAGAAGACUUGCCUUGCAUUGUUUGUAAUACAAUGAAAAAAUAAUAUAAAAAAUAUGGAAACUUUAUACAUUUUGAUAAAAAAUAUUUUGCUUAAAAUAAUCCAUCCAAAAUGUCGAAGGAAGAUAAAAAUCUGCUGUGUAGUUUACUAAAACUACUAAUAUUAAAUAAGCUACCAAGUCCAUUAA